AUGGCCUCUUCCGAAACAAUGUACGGACUCGACCUCCUCGACAGGUGCAAGGACCAUUUCCUUCUGUGGAUGCCAGGCCUCGAGCUUUCAAGUGAUCCGCCUCAACUCGUUUUAGGGACAUACGAUGCCGCUACCCAGACCUUCACGCAAGUGGUGCAUGAACCACUAUCUCAGGCGCCAGAUACUACCGAUCUUUGGCAGCUAGCCCCGAGCUCUGCACGUUUGAGUCUUUCAGAUGGAGCAGUGUACCACUACUGGUUCGAAGUGGAAGAUACCUCGCCCGACAAAAGGGGCAAGAUGCACGUCACAGAUCCAUUUGCGCACACGGUCGACUACCGAAAGGGGCUUCCUUGGAAGGCGCGCCAGGCCGAUAUCGAGAGGACAGCUGCCAAUAAUUACUUAGUUAUAUAUGAGCUCCCAGCCUCGUGGGCGAAAGAGGGCACUGAUGAGCGAGGACCCAAGGUCGACGUGGGAACACUUGCCGACGUGCGGGCCUUGUUUGAUCCCAAAGCCGUAGGCGAUAUGUUCAGAUCCGUGGAAACCGUGAAUACGGGCGCUAUUCUGUUGGACCUGGGCAUAAACGCCUUGGAGCUGCUUCCCCUCGCUGAUACGAAGACGAGGGACGAAUGGGGGUAUGCCAGUGCCCACUACUUUGCCGUUGAUACGGAUCUUGGGUCGUCGUCUCAGCUGGUUGGUCUGGUGGAUCUCCUCCAUGAGAAGGGCAUCCGGUUCUUCACUGAUGUCGUUAUGGCGUUUGGCCACGAUCCGUAUGGCUACAUUGAUUUCGACCAGUAUCACCUCCGGCCGGACGACGAGAAAGACAACCCAGAUGCCUACCAAUCGCAUACAAGUGGUGUCUUGAGAGAUGCCUAUGGUGGUCAGAGCUGGAGAUAUCUCAAGACAACAAAAACGUACGAUCCAGAGACCGGACAGAAGAGAGAUGUUCACCCAUCAUGGGCAUUCCACCAAGCCCAUCUCACACGCUGGAUGACAGACUUUGGUGUGGAUGGUCUGCGACUCGACUCAGUCAACAACGUCGGAAACUGGGACUUCGUGCGUUCCUACAAAGAGAAAAGCUGGUCCUUGUUCAACAGCCGAUACGCGUACCCAGAUACCAGCAGGUUCCUUGUCGUUGGCGAAGAAUUCAGCAUGCCCGUCGAGAUGAUCUCCAGCGGCUAUCUCAACGCUCUUUGGAACGACCCCUUCCAGGUGCGGGUCCGCGCCGCCAUCCUUGGCAAGUCAGCUCGUGGCGACAACUUUGAAUGGACAAUUCGAAAAAUGAUCGACUGCACACUUAAUGCCAGUGUGCCUUUCACUGAUGGCGCCCAGGCGAUCAAUUACAUCACCUUCCACGAUGUCGAGGGGAUCCGGAAGGAGCGCUUGUGCAAUUUCCUCGAGAACAACCAGAUCUGGGAUAAGGAGAAGCGCGCCAAGCUUGCGUUUGCGUGCUUACUGACGGCAGUGGGUAUUCCCAUGAUAUUCGCGGGAGAGGAGUUCUGCGACGAGCAUGACCUGCCGAUCCAAGAGAAGCAGGUUGAUCCAGUUAACUACAGCCGCAAGUCAGAGCCGUGGAGAAGCGAUGUGUUUGAGGACGUCGCGAAUCUGGUAAAAUUCCGCAAGAAAACUCUGGCUCUUGGUGAUGUCGAUACGGAGUUCAUCCACGUGGACUCAAGCCGCGGGGGCAAGAUCAUGGCGUGGAAGAGAGGGGCCCAGGGACACGCGCCCGUUGUCGUCGUUGCGAACUUCUCGGGCGAGAGCACGCCCGGUCAGGAGUACUAUGUUCCGAAUUGGCCGGACAGGGAACGUGAUGACUGGAGGGAGAUCACGCAGGGGAGGGCGGUGCCCAGAGAGUGGGUUGGCAGGGAGCCGUUGAUGGAAUGGGAAGCCAAGAUAUAUACAUACUGA